UGCUGAGAGUUAAUCUUAACCAAAGUUUCACUAAACUGCGGUUAAAACCGAAAUUGGUAGAAACGGUCCAGACCAGAAGAGACGAAGGGAGAUUGACUAGGUUGUUGUAAAAGAUAAACGGAAAACGCGCAGCCUCUUUCCUCCCUCUCAGAGAUGACAAAGCAACGCAAAAACGUGGGAGUGACAGCGAAAAUUAUGGAACCGUUGCUGACGGUGCCGGAGCCGAGAGUUUCUCAACGCAUCGCACCAAUAUCUUCCGUGCCUGCUCAAUCAAAAUACAUCAAGUUGCUGCGAGUUAUAGAGCAGCUAGGUCGCGAUCUUAAACUUUGUUACACCGGCGAUAACAUUAACAAAACGUUAUCUAAGGUUGAACGCGACAUCGCGAAGGCAUGCUGUCUAGUCCAACAAUGCCGUGCCGAGGCUGUGAAAAGUGCCAAGAAAGCGUGCCAAUAACACUGUGCUUUCAUGAUGAAUUACACGACAUCGUUUACAUAGAGAACUCAUAUUAUGAUGCAAACAUAUAUUUUUAAAAUAGUACUUAUUGCAUUAU